AUAUAAUAAAUUUGUUCUAUUAUAGAUAUUUCAGGAAUGAUAGUAAAUUAUGAGAAGGAUAUGAAAUUUGAAUAUUAAGGAAACAUAAUUAAUUUUUGUCUUGUUAUUGUGAUAUAUUACGGUUUAUACAUUAUAUGUAAAAUUUAACCGGUUAAGUGCAGAAUUAUUCUUCAGAAUUAUCUAUUGCAACAUUAUUUAUGCUACAUAUAGGAGAUAAAUACUAUGGAAAAUGAAUCGAGUAUAUGAUAUCCAAUAUGUUAAAAAGAAGACUUCAAGCACUCGGAUAUUUAGAAUGGGACAAAGUUAAUAUAAAUGAUCCACAACAUUUUCGUAAGGUAACAUUAUGGUUAGAGGAGCAAAAGAUACGUCAGUAUAGUAUACAAGAUCGAAAGGAGCUACGCGAUAUAAAAAGUGAAAGUUGGCCUAAAACUUUUGCCAAAUACUGCAAGGAUGUUAAAUGUCCAAUUUCAAGUAACAAUGUGGAUCAACUUGUAUGGCUAAUUGGACUCGCUAUUUGGUUGGAGGCAGAGAAUAAUACUGAGCAGUAUUCGAAAAAUGUAAAAGAAAUGAAAUUGAAAAUGAAACAGGAAGCGCUGGUGCCGCAUCUUAAGUCCACAAAUCCACUUGACAACUUAGACUUUGAGAGUAAUGAAUUUAAAAAUGGGAUCUAUUCUGUGGCGAAACUGCUCCGAAUUCCGCAACAUCCGAAUCAUUUGGUCACGUUGAAAGCUUGCAGUAAACUAGUACAAAGAAGAUUAAAUUCCGAAUGCUUAAGGAAUCCAAAUUCCAAAAUUAUUCGGGGCAAACCCUUUCCUAUCAUGAAUUGUGAUCCUGGUUUCCAACUGAAGAAGACUGCAGUGGAGAAUGCAGCUAAAAUCCUUGCUCUUCUUUAUAUUCAAGAUAUUAGGAAUCUGCAAACAAGAAUUAAUGAAGUGAUUGUUCGCGUGCAGAGUGUCACAGCUAAUCCUAAGACGGAUACCAAGUUAGGAAAAGUUGGAGAUUCGGCCGAUAUGUCGACUAAACGUAAAAAUCCGGCGACGAAGAAGGGCCGCGCGAAAUCAAGGAAGGUUGAAUAUGACGAGGAGGACAUCUCGAGCGAGCACGACUCGGACGUUGAUGACGCUGAGACCGGCUCGAAUGCCGACGGUGAGGACGCUGCCGAAGAUGAUCUUGCCGAUGUCUCCAGUAUUCCGGAAUUGCCACCGCCCGAGGGAGGAUGGGGUAAGCCUGGAACAUUAUUAAUGUGUGGUCUGACAAACUGGGACAUGGCAGGACGUAAAGCUCCACCGAAAGGCGUGAAAGUUAAUGUAGGGCGUAGUUUGUGGACCCCACAUACUUUCAAAAAUUUAAAUGGCGCUAGAGUCAGAUUAGUUGCUUCUGGCCCGGCUGCCUCUCAUAGUAUUAUUGUUACUGAGGAUAAUAGAUGCUUAGCUUUUGGUAGAAAUGAUAAAGGUCAGUUAGGUGUUGGUGAUACGAAACGUCGGGAUGAACCUACGGAAGUCACGGCAUUAAAAGGUCAUACAGUUAUAGGAGCAUCUUGCGGCCGCAAUCAUACUUUAUUUUUAACAAGUCGCGGCAUCGUAUUUGCCGCUGGAGACAAUAAACUAGGUCAAUGCGGCGUUGGGAAAUCCGAUGCCUGCAUUGUCUCUGCCACUAAAGUAAAGUAUUCUGGGCCGCCAAUAGUGAAAGUGGGUUGUGGUGCAGAUUUUUCGAUGAUACUAGACAUUAAAGGUGGUCUACACUCGUUCGGAAGCCCAGAGUAUGGAGCAUUGGGCCACAACACAGAUGGGAAAUAUUUUAUAACGAAUACGAAGAUGGCGUUUCAUUUUGAGAAAGUGCCUAAGAGAAUCGUUUUAUACAUUGAAAGAGCAAAGGAUGGCCAUGUUACGCCGUUAGAUCGUGUUGAAAUCACGGACUUCAGUUGUGGGCACUAUCAUACCGUUGCAAUUGAUAGCAAAAAUCGUGCAUUUUCCUGGGGAUUCGGAGGUAUCGGUCGUUUGGGCCACAACGAGCAACGAGAUGAACUAGUGCCCCGUUUAAUUAAAUUCUUGGAGCCGCCUACUCGUGGUGUCAGGGCUAUAUAUUGUGGCAGUACUUAUAGCAUUGCCAUCAAUGUGCACGGAUCAGCCUUGAUGUUCGGACAAACGAAACGCACCGGAGAAGCAAAUAUGUACCCCAAACCGAUCCAGGAUUUGUCUGGUUGGGAAAUUAGAUGCGUCGGAUGUUCUCAGACUAGCGUAGUAGUCGCGGCGGAUGAUUCGGUUAUCGCUUGGGGUGCUAGUCCUACUUUCGGUGAAUUGGGUUUCGGUGAAAUGCGUAAGUCCUCGACUACCCCGAUGGAAGUGAAAGCGUUGGAAGGUUUGUACAUUACUGCUGUUACCUGUGGUCUCUCUCAUACGCUUAUGAUUUGUCGAGACGAAUCCGAAGAAGAGAAGACUAAAAUUAACAAACUUCAAGUAUAUACCGUUUAAAUCGGAUAAUUUACAUUUUAAUUACUCAUAAAGUAAACGCUAAUCGAACUGCCACGUCGGGCAACAUUGGGAAAUUUUUUCUAUACUCACUCAUCGCAAUCAUUAUUACAUUUAAGGAAAAGGAGAAAAAAAGAAAACCGAAUUGUAACAAAAAAGCAUUAUUACCUUUGAUUAAGCCAAGUUGUUCUAAAAAACUUGAAGGAAGGAUUGAAAGAUCUGUGAACAAUUUAUUAAUAGACUGCGAAAAACGUCCAUACAAAAUAUAGACUUAACUGUUACUCUCUACUUUGUACUUCCACUUUUACUUAAUAAUAUGAAGAAAAGUUUAUCAUAAUAGGGAACCCCAUUCUGUUAGUAGCUCAGGAUAUAGACCAAACAUAUAGAUAACAAAAAUAUAUUUUGAUACUUUGCUAUUUUAUUGAAGUACUCCCUCGUUCUCUCUCACUCUCGCUUUCUCUAUCUCUUUAACAAGAAUGGAAAUAGUUGAUGCUUAUGAAAAAGAGUGCUGGAAACUGAGAAAAAGACACGUUAUGGAAUUCAACAAACACUGCCUUUACUUUUAUUACUCAUUUUAAUGUAUUUACAAUACAAAUAGUCUACUAUAUCAUUGAUUCAUUGCAGUAGUACCUGAAUCAUUAAAUCUGCAGAAAUCAUUCUUAUAUUCUAUGUACAGGGACAUUCUAAAUGCGAUUAUACAGAGAAGGAACGCGGAUUUUAUGCUUUAAUUGACUUGUUAUUAUGAUAAACAUAUAGAGAGUGUUUCAUAAACUCAUUCAUUUUUAUGUUCACAAGCAUGAAACCUAUUUUAUCUAGCGACGAACAAGAGCAAUGCUUUUUCAAAAAACCAGCAUUGUUUAUCAUACAUUUUAAACUAAUAAUUGUUUAACAGUUAUACUCAACAAAGAAAAUUUCAAAAGUAAGAAAAAAGAUAUAUAUUGUUAAUUACUGUACCAUAUAGGGUAAUCACGAAAGAGGAUCUUGUAAUAAAAUAAAAACAUGCGAUUCUUUUGGACAUUAUAUGUUAUAAAAACUCAUGUAUACGUAUUAUAAUUAAGGCUAUUUACUAUCAUUAGUGAAUAUAAUCGAAAUUUUAUAUAUAAUUUUAUUUUAGAACUGCUAAUAACGUAAUAUAAAAAUCCAUACAAAUGUAACAUAAUGUCGUAUGUUUAAGAAGGACUGUAAUUAGAUUCACUGCCACAAUGUAUUUGGAGUCUCUUUUGUAUUGCGACGAAAUGAAUUUAAUACUUACUCAUUCCAUUCUGUUCCAUGUAACACAUUCAUGGGAUUACACUGCACCAUUUCAAUUAAUCUUGGAACAAAUGUACAAGGCAAAUUACAAAAUAAACGAGUUUUUUAAAGAA